AUACUCUUAAACGUUGAAUUAAGACUUUAUCAUUUUCUUAAAUGUGACAAAUGGGAAACUCAAGCCCGUUAAUAUUCUUCUUCUUCAUCUUUCUUUGCAUCCUUUUCAUCGUUUACAAACAAGGCCAACUAUCUUCCUCUCUCGACCAACUCAACACUAGGAUCUCACUUUUAGAAUCCAUUAUUGAGAAGAGUGGCCAUGAAUUGCGAAGUAAGGAAGAAGAGAUUGCACUGAUAAAGAAGAUGGUUUUGGAAAAAGAAGAAACCAAUGCAUUCAAUCAGAAUAAGAGGCUUGACCUUAAUCAAGAGUGGAUACCAGCUUUGAAGAAUGAACUGUGGACUUUCAUAUCAAAGAUCAGCAAUACUUCUAAAAUUAGUGAGGUCUCUCUUAUGACCUUCAAUACUUCAGGAACAAUUGUUGAAAAAUUACAAAGAUCAGCAACACCAUUCAUAAAGGUAGUAUACAAGUCUGCUAUACCGUAUAUCAUGAAAAUGAGUAAGUGGUUCCUUUCUGUACUUGUUGGAUUAUUUCAAUUCUGUUUGAAUUUUGCAAGAAACUUGUUGGAUCUUUAAAGCUGAAGAGUACUGUUAAAAUGUGCAUGUUAGCAGUUGAGACAGUUAUUGUAGGUUGAAGUGUUUUAGAAGUUUGUUAGCUUUGAGUAUUGUAGUUAGUUUGUUAAUCUCUUGCAAGAGACUGCUUUCCAUUCAAACUUAAAACGGUAACCAAUCUUGUACAACAAUGUUUGAAAUACAAUUUGGAGUUUUCUCCUUCCAAUUUCUGUCAUCA